GCCGGGGCCGGGAGGCGGCGCGGCGGAGGGGGACCCGCGGCCCCGGCGAGAGCUCGCCAGCCCCGCCGCGAUGCCCCCGCGCCCAGGACGCCUCUUCCAGCGGCUGGCCGGGCUACCGGCCCUGGCCACGCUCCUGCUGCUGCUCGGAGCGCGUAAGGGUGCCCGGGCCCAGGAGGUGGAGGUGGACAGCGGGGUCGAGCAGGACCCGCACGCCAAGCACCUGUAUACGGCCGACAUGUUCACGCACGGGAUCCAGAGCGCCGCGCACUUCGUCAUGUUCUUCGCGCCCUGGUGUGGACACUGCCAGCGGCUGCAGCCAACCUGGAACGACCUGGGAGACAAGUACAACAGCAUGGAAGACGCCAAGGUCUACGUGGCCAAGGUGGACUGCACGGCCAACUCUGACGUGUGCUCUGCCCAGGGAGUUCGAGGAUAUCCCACCCUUAAGUUUUUUAAGCCUGGACAAGAAGCAGUGAAGUACCAGGGUCCUAGAGACUUUGAAACACUGGAAAACUGGAUGCUGCAGACCCUGAACGAGGAGCCGGCUACACCAGAGCCAGAGGCAGAACCACCCAGAGCUCCCGAGCUUAAGCAGGGCUUGUAUGAGCUCUCGGCCAACAACUUUGAGCUGCAUGUUUCUCAAGGCAACCACUUUAUCAAGUUCUUCGCUCCAUGGUGUGGUCACUGCAAAGCUCUGGCUCCAACCUGGGAGCAGCUGGCUCUGGGCCUCGAACAUUCUGAAACUGUCAAGAUUGGCAAGGUUGACUGCACGCAGCACUACGCGGUCUGCUCAGAGCACCAGGUCAGAGGCUACCCCACUCUGCUCUGGUUUCGAGAUGGCAAGAAGGUGGAUCAGUACAAGGGAAAGAGGGACUUGGAGUCGCUGAGAGACUAUGUGCAGUCCCAGCUGCAGGGUUCGGAGGCGGCUCCGGAAACUGUUGAGCCUUCAGAGGCCCCGGUGCUGGCUGCUGAGCCUCCGGGCGACAAGGGCACUGUGCUGGCACUCACCGAGAAGAGCUUUGAGGACACUAUUGCACAAGGAAUAACCUUCGUCAAGUUCUAUGCUCCCUGGUGUGGCCACUGCAAGAAUCUGGCUCCUACCUGGGAAGAGCUCUCUAAGAAGGAAUUCCCUGGCUUGGCAGACGUCACCAUCGCAGAAGUGGACUGCACCGCUGAGCGUGGUGUUUGCAGCAAGUACUCGGUACGAGGCUACCCCACAUUGCUGCUUUUCCGAGGAGGUGAGAAAGUGGGUGAGCACAAUGGAGGCAGAGACCUCGACUCUCUACACAGCUUUGUUCUGCGCCAGGCAAAGGAUGAACUCUAAGAACCCCUGGUGAAGCCGUCAUCCGCCCUGGCCUUAUGCACCCCGUGCAUAGGAGUGACCUCACAUGGACAUGCGUAUCUCACUGUGGUUAGUCAGAACGCUGAAUGUAUUAAGCUUGUGUUGCUUCCUGUGUGCCCUUUGAACCACCACACACUACGGACCUUAAGUUUCUCUAAUGACAGCUCACGGUCCCUGGGCAAACCAAAUUAUUUUCAGUGGCGAUCCAUCCUGUAACCUUCUCUGACAGAAUUAAAUCGGCUCCCUUUGCAACUAAAACACAGUCAAGGAAAACCAAAUUGCUGAGCUCUCUUGGCUCCUGAGGGAUGUGAGGAAAGCGUCACACAGCAGCAGUUUUUCGAAUUGCCUGAGUUCUGGAGAGGAGGCCUGUGGCACUGCUGACUUAGUAACAUGUCGGCCCAUAGUGUGCAGAUUGUAAAGCAAAAGUCCACGCAGUGCUGGAGAUCCCUUCAUAGCCACUGUUGGGUGUUAUUACUUCUCUAGUUGAGAGAGGUAAGCCAUAACAAAUGGUACUUCUGAUGUGUGCCCCAAACACUCGUGUUUUCAAAGGAUCCUCUUGUCUGCUUUGCGUAGGGUGGAGUGGAGAGGUCUUCUGCAGAGAGUGAGGGUGUGGGAUGAUCACAAGGUGGGUCCUCACCUGAUAAGCUUUCCCAGGUCCAAGGACCAGGAGACUCUGCAGCUCCACACUGGCCUUCCUAGACACAGCUUCUGAUUCUCUUCCUAAGUAGUCCUCUUAGCGGCUUGCUCUAUAAUCUCCACCAUCAAGGAGGCUGGCCAUCUUUCUAAUAAUGUAUGAGCAGUGGGAUUCAUUUGACCUCAAGACCAAAGACUGCAGUCGGCAGGAAGUCCAAGGUUGGAUGUCACACAGCUCCUUCCGGUUCCGUUCCUGCCGUCCUGAUUAUUAGACACUGCUGCUCUUAACCCUGAAAAGAUGCAGCCCGCGCCAUGCCUGUCUGUCUUGUCCUCCAAACCGUAUGUUUGGCCCAGCCCUUCACCCACCUCCCCAUAAGCAGGGUGAAGUCAACGCCUGACACAAAAUGUGUGGCAAGGAGGCUCGAAACAAGGCUACGUCCGCUUCCUAAGCAUCAGGCGCAGAGGCGCCCGCCAACCAUUAUGAACGUUUGUUAUUAACCAUGUGUGGGCCAUAGCUGUCCGUGAAAAGCAGCUCUAUUGGCCAAGCUCACAGUGGCGUCAGCUUUGCAUCAUGAGUCUUGUAUUAAAAGAAAACUCAAAGUGGUACAAUUGGUUUAUACUUUCUAAAUAAACUUUUUUUUUUU